UUCCUCCUCCCCCUCUCUCUUCCUCUCUGCUUCUCUUUCUCUCUCCACCCUGCUUUCUUCCCUCUGUCAAUCCCAUCACUAUUCAACACCAUCCGACCUCUCUCCCUCUCUCUUCCCUUCCCUCUCUGUCUCUCUACCUCUCCUCUCCUCUCUGCCCCACUCUGCUCCUGCCAGGAAGAUGAUGGUGAUGAUGAUGAUGUGACUCUGUGGCCAGCCAAUGAUCACGCAAGGAGGGACUGGAAGGGGUGUGUUCAGAGGCUGUGCUCAGAUCUGAUCGAUGCUGACGAGACCGAGGAGGAAGAAGGGGAAGAGAGGGAGGUAGAGGAGGGUGGGGGAGGCCUUGUCCGAGCUGAGGAGCGCCUACGCUGGCUUAAUAAAAAGGGGAGAAGAGGAGGAGGAGGAAGAGGAGGAGGGAGGGAGGAAGCUGUCGCCUGUCAAGAGGGGGAUCAACCUGUGUUGUCAUGGAUAAAUAUCGACCAAAGAGACCAACCACCCUGGCUCUGUUCCCACAGCUGCCACAAGCCGGCACCCAGGACUCCAUCAACAACAACUCUUUAGGCAAGAAGGACAGCUGGAAGGACUCCCGCUCCUCCUCCCCACAUAUUACAGGGGAUCUAACACCACCAGAUACCCAACCAAAAGCGGAGGACAAAGUUCGGCACAGCACGCGCCGCCCGGCCCCCAAACCCCCCACAGCCAAUGGAACAAACAGCAGAGCCAACACUCAGGCUGCUGCCACCACUGCAGACACACGCGCUCGACUGCGGGAAAGACAGGUGUCAGGGGUCACACACACACAGUCCUCCAGCACACUGAGGAGUCAAAGGAGAGCAGGGAGAGGAGCAACAGCGAUGAGAGAAAGGAGCCUGGGGGACAUCAGAGGAAAGGAUGGAGUGACAGCAGGGAAGGAAGAAAGAAGAGGAGGAAGACUAUGUGAUGGGAAAGAGAAAGAGAGAAAUGGACAUCAGAGGCCAAGGGAAGCAAAUGGACUGAAAAGCCGGGGGGCUGAUGGGAAAGGAAAAGUAGGUGCUAAAGGGGUUAACAAAGGAGGGGGAUUCAAGUCAAAUAACAUACUGUCGAACCAGGAAGUUUAUCUGACAGCCAUGGUGGUUCCACGCACACCUGUAGCACCAAGAAACCAGGACAAGACCCAAGACCAAGGCCAAAACCAUGACAGGACCCAGGACAACCCCCCUAUUCUCUCGCGGUCCAGCAGCGAAGGGGGGUCAAACAGAAUGUCCCUCAGCUCAGACACAGAAGGUCCCCCACCAGGGCCCCUGCAUCCCUCUCUAUCCCACCGAACCAACCCUGACAUCAGCGAAGAAGAGGGGGAGGGAGAUCCCACUCCCUGUGUUAAUGUCCAGAAUGGUCCAACACACUGCCUUGCAAAUAAUGAAAAAGCAGAGAUGGACUGUACCAAGUCAGAGGUUGAUACAGGAAGAGGAAAAUGUGAUAAUAAUACUGAGGUGGAAGGCACCAACUCUGUCACUCAGGGAGAUUGUGCGGCUGCUCAGACUGUACCAAAGAGUGAGGCUACAGCAGGGUUAAAUUAUGACUCUGUUAAAUACACUCUGGUGGUCGAUGAACAUGCUCAAUUGGAGCUGGGCAGCCUCAAGGACUGCUUUCACGGUUACAAGGAGCACAAUGAUGACAGCGAUGCAGAGACGGUCUAUCAGUCAGCAAAUGAGGAGGAAGACCCAGAGUAUGAGGAGGAGAGGAAGAGGACAGAAGAAGCAAAGAAGCAAGACAGGAGGAAAGAAGAGGAAAAGAGAAGAAAGGAGGAAGAGGAGAAGAAGAAGUGGAGGGAAGAGGAUUUGAAAAGGAGGAGGGAGGAGGAAAUAAAGAGACGGAGGGAAGUUGUGGCAAGGAUCUGUAAGCAGUCAAAGGUAACAUCAACUACAACUUCAGAGGAAGAAGAGUCUAAUGGAGAAAGGGCCGCAGCUUCCAGGAGUAAGAAGUUCCUCAACCUGUUUCCCAACAAGAGCAGUCAUUACAGCACCACAGGUGCUGGGUCUUUUGGUGUGUUCUCCUGUGUUUUGAAUGGAGUGGAGAGAGAACAGAGCCACAGAGCUGCCUACAGGUUUGUCCCUCGUCAUGAAGAUGAGCUGUACCUAGAGUCAGAUGACCCAGUGUUAAUACUGAACCAGUCUGAGGACCUGUGGUGUCAGGGUUACAACAUGAGGACUGGCGCUACCGGCAUCUUCCCUGCCUUCUAUGCUGUCAAGGUGGCCAAAGAUAUUAACCAAGUCCAGAAAGAUGGCUGGACAGAUCAGUUCCUGGUGCGAUUCCUGGGUUCAGUUCAGGUCCCCAUCCACAAAGGCAACGACAUGCUAUGUGCUGCGAUGCAAAAGGUGGCGUGUAACAGGCGGUUAGCAGGUCAGCCUCCGUCACCCUGUGUGCUGGAGGUCAGUGUGAAGGGUGUGAAGAUCAGCGUCCAAGACCAGUGUCAGUCUGCUCAUAGGGGGGACCAGUGUUUCCAUUUCUUCCAGUUGAAGAACAUCUCAUUCUGUGGCUGUCAUCCAAAACACAGCAAGUAUUUUGGUCUCAUCACCAAACACCCUGACCAACAGCGCUUUGCCUGUCAUGUCAUGAUGUCAGAGACAACAUUACAUCCUUUGGCUGAGUCUGUAGGGAGGGCAUUCAAGCAGUAUUACAAGGAGCACAUUGGCUACUCCUGUCCCACUGAAGACAUCUUCAUUGAAUAACACCUCUCCCCUGUCCACACUAUGUACUGAAUACUCACUAUGUGCAUGUAAGCCCGGUCUUACACAGCAAACUGGACCACUGAUUUAUCUUCGUCAGAGUACUUGCAUGGUGGAUUUCUUUUCUUACCUGCAUCCAGUGAUACAGCGAGCUUUUCCUUCCUUUAGCCAUGUCACAAUAUAAAUACCUCAAUGGAUGGAUAGGAUCACAUGAGAUGUUCCAUACACUGAGGACAAAUGUAACAUUAACCUGCCCAAAUUCAAAUACAAAUAUAUGAGACUGAUAUAUUUUAUGGGAUAAAAUUACUUAUAUGGAAUGACACAUUGAUAUUGGAUGUAAACCAUAUAGACAGCCUUCAGGACUAUGGAGUUACUUGAAUGACAGAAUAUUUAUAUCAUCAAUUUGUGAACAUGCAGCCACUGCAGAACCAAAUAAUAAUUAAUCAGUGACAGUUUUAGCAAUAGAUUAAUAGGAAACUUUGGUAUUUUUCAGUUUGGACCGUAGUCUCCCAUUUUUUCUGCCAGAGUGGAUUAUGGAGACAACAACUUUUGAACUUGAUCAAGCACUGAGCAAAAGCGCUGCAGCCACAGCGAUGAAACAAGCUGCAAUCUCUAGCCUGUGGGCAAUUAUGCACUGUCAAUUUAUUUCGACUAAAAAUGCUUGUUUUGCCACUUUGACUCAGAUUGUUACUGUACCUGUUUGAUAACAUUAUGGAAAUUAUUCCUACAGAGAAAUGGAAUGUGUUCCUUACCUUUUUUCUAAUCUGGUCUAUUUGUUAACAUGUGUAACUAAGUCUCACUCAAGUAGAAGUCUCAUUCUGAAAUCUUUGGAAAAUCUAUGAACAGUAUGUUGACUAAAGUACAAAUUUAGUCAGAAGUCUAGAUCAUAGUUUGGUUACAUUUAGAGAACAAAAAAAUAAUUGGUUGAGUUUAUGAAAGGAUCGUAGUUUUUGUUAAACUGACUAGAUGAGAUAAAUUUACCUACUUUGCGUAGUUAUUUUAAGUAUGUGAAGUCAUGUAACUACUGACUUUUGGUUUCACACAGGACACAAACAGUGGUCUCCUGGUUGAAAGUCCAUGUUUGUUUGACCCAUCCACCCCCACAUUUCAUUCCCACCACCAAAUGAUGUCUUGCUCAUACUUUGUUGCCACCAUAUAUAUAUAUUUCUAUGAGCCUGGGCUGCUGUUGCACCAGUCUAAACCAUUAGGUGGGAGUGCAAUGGAGAAGUGCAACUCACUUACUGAACAUUCGUUCUCUUGACCAAAAUGAAAUGUUGAGCAUCUGCCAUGUUAGUGAUCAUGAGCAGUGUGUUUACUUGGGUUAACAAGUAGCUUCUGGAUGUUCAAGUCAACAAACUAGAAUUCCAGUUCCAGAUAUUUUCUUGAGAUUUGCCACUUGAGCUUGAACUUCAGUGUCAGGUGAGACAAGCAUUUCAAGUUUACAGAUGUCACCGCAUUCAUCGUCCGAGACCCAAACCCAGGUCAACUGCCUGGAAGGCAGCUUUGCUACCCACAAGCACACAUUUAAAAUAUGAGAAUCUAAGCAAGACUGCAUGUUCAUUAAAAUAAGGUAAAUUUUCUGUCUUUAAAUUAGCUUCAUUGUCAACUCUAGAAGAAAGAAGAGCUUCUUAUUAGCAAAAAAUUCCCCCAACAGUUUAAAGGCAGUCCUUUGUGGACACAUAUGAUAAACAAACAAACCUGCUUGUUUCUUUGCACAGAUAAGGGCACACCAAUGAUUCCAAAAAGAAAAGAAUAGAUAUAUAAUUCUGCAUCUUAUAACCCCAAGACUUGACAAUCUACUGCUGAAGACCUUUGGAGAUGCUGUUAAGGUGCCUAAUUUCUCUUUGUGCUGCUUGAUGUUUUUUUUCUUCCAAAUGUGGUUCCAACUACAAACCCGUCAUGCAGGGUUUCUCUGGUUGAACAAUGACACAUUUUUCCUUUAACUCUGUGUAAUAACAUGGCCCAAAUGACGCUGUGCAAUUUAGUAUGUGUGCAAAAGAACAAAGAUGUUGGGACAGUGGAUCACUGUGCAGUCAUGUCCAUGUCCGUCCAUAUUACUUUCAGCUCAGACUUCUUUUGCAUUGCCUGCUCAAAUCUAGGACCAAAGUUGGGGUCAAGCCAGCAUGGAAAUAAUGAAUUCUCAUAAAGAUUUUUUUUUAGUGUAGACAUAUUUAAAAGGGAAAUACUGAACUCAGCAUUUUGAGAUUUCCCCUCACUAUCUGACCCACGAUCUGAUUUGGUUAUCCAAAUAAGGAGAACUCAUUUCCAUGCUGUUCUUCCAUGUUUUUGCAGCCAUUUGAAGAUUAGCCCCAGGCUUAAAGCUGCACCAAUCAACAUAUUUUACAACACUGGAUCAAAUGACUAUGUGCAAUAUAAAAGGAGUCACUCAUAGUAAUGAACUCACAAAGAAUUAUUACCCAGCAAUGCAGUUAGCCUCUGCCCUAUGAAGAUUUUCAGCCUCUUUCCACCUAGUGUACAAUCUGUGUUCCCAUCAACCUUAUCUCUAGAAGCAGCAGGCAGCUAAAAGGCUUUUAAAACCCACUGCACACUACUGGCCCAGUAUCGAAUAGCAGACAGACAAAGUUAGCAACUUGCAGGCACACAUAAUGGAGCCUUUAGCAGCUAAAGAGCCUGAUAUAUUAGGAGUUUGCGGAGACCAAAAUAGGGCUGAAAAGAGAGUGAAUUAUAUUUAUCAGGUAAUCUGUGACAUGAUUCAUAAUAAUGCUAAUGCUGCUCUGUGUCUGUCAGAUAUGUAAGGAGACAAAUAUUUGCUAACAUGCUAGCCAUGACAGCUUUUAUAGUAUGUCAGUGUUGUGUUUUCAGCUUGUCCUGCUGCUCCCAAGUGGCCUAAACAAUCAGUUAAUGCAGCUUUAAGAUCCAGGAUGUGAACAUUUGGUCUUGGAAUUUACAAUAGAGCGCUGCAGGGAUGAUGUUUAUGUGUAGGCCAACCUGCAUGUUAACAUCACUUCUGUUCCCUCUACAAAAAGCCAAUGGGAUUUUUCCAUUGGAUUUAGAAUUACUGCAGAAAAUAAUCACUAUGGCAACAAAAGUUUAUGAUACUUACAUGUUUUGUUUAACAAGAUAAUCUUCACAAAUGAACACCAGUCUAUUAUUUUUCAGGUGUAAAUGCAAUUGCUAGAAGUAAAAAGUUAACGUUAGGCUAUAAAUGAACUACACUGUGGUCGCAUGACUUCAACAUUGCCCCUACAAUAAGGCUGUAAAGCUGUGUUUGGCGCAAUCAUGCUCUGUAAUCUCAAUAAGCCACUUGUCAGCAACCACUUUUUUUAAGACACUUGAUGUGUUUUAUGACAUUGAACAAAACAUUUCAGUCUCUUAAGCUUGUGUUGACAGACCUUAUUUCAGACAUCUAACCAAAAAACCCAUUUAAAGAACCCAUUGACUUCAAGAUGAGAAAACAGGAAGUAUAAAAAUGCUGACUAAUGUCUGUGACUAAGGAUUAUUCCUGCACCACUCUAUACAUACUAUGUGUUGUAAACAGAUUUGAGCACAUAAAGUCAGUGGAAAUGAAGCCUGAAAUGUUUUGUGUUGGAAAAACAGUGCCUAUUUUUUUUCUCUGGUGUAGUGAUGAUGACUGUCCUAUGUAUUUACUGUUGACUUCAGAUGUCUCCAAUCACAGAAUCUAAAUAUGUACAACAGCCAGUUUCAUUCAGAUGGAUAGCUGGAUAUGACUUGGUACACCUAAGAUGGCUGCCAUGGAAUGUUAAAUAAUGUUACUGGGACUCAAGAGAGCUUAAGUAUUAGGCCACAUUUACUAUAAAACUGCUCAAUAUUACACCUGUUUUCUAUGGGAAAAGAUGUAAUGCAAAAUUUUGGUGUGAUUUCACACAACUAUGUGUGAAUAUAAUUCAUUAUCAGGAUUUAAAUUAGCAGCAGUAAUAAUAGUCUUAACUGAGAAGUUUUGUCCCAUGAUCUUGCUGCUUUUGUAGCCCAGGGAGGAUAAAAUGGAGGACAAAAUGCUAAACUUGGGAUUGAAAAUAGUUAAAGGUACUUUAACAUCAUCAUCUAAGUCAUGCAGCUUCUGUCUGAAAAUAUUGAUAUUGGUCGGCAAAACGUGUAUCAGCAAACCCUUUACAUUAGACAAAAAGUUCCCCUUCCUUGCCUUUCAGAUAGCCAUUGUCUUAAUUGUUACUAAUUUUUCAACGGUAUGAAAAUAAUAAUUUACUCAUGCAUCAGAAAUUUUACCUUGCCAAAACAUAAGCGCACUCCCAAGGGGGAAGCCAAUGGGGGCCAUGGCCGCCCUAAUACAACUGCUACCCAACCCCUAGGUGAAAAUAAUUGAAAGCCUACAUUACUCUCUUUAAGAGGCUUUGGCACACUCAUUUUUUAAGCUAGCAUGAUGUUAGUGGUUACUUGUGAAACUAAACAACCUAAGGCAUCCAUUAGUAUGAACCAUAUUAUGCUGGCUUGUCUGAAAGAGGGCUAAAUAAUGCUCCAAAUUUAGGCUAAAUUUUGGCGAGGCAACACCUGGCGUGACCAUUUUUAAAGAGUGUCCCUUGAAAUCUCACCUCUUUGAAUAAAAAUGGGUUCUAUGGAUACCUUGGAGUCUCCCCUAAACUUGAUAAGGCUUGUUCUCUGUAAAUGUUUUGCUCCAUACAAUCAAUGUACUCCUUCAAAGUAAAGCUGUAUAUUUGUCUUUUUAGGGAAAAAGACAACCAGCCUAUUUGAAGAACAGUUAAUCGCCUAAUAUUUACAGAAACACAUUAAAACAGGACUGUUAUGGAAAAUCAAAAUGUUAACUGUACCAGUAUAAGUCUAUGCACAUCAGAUAAUUAGUAAUAUUAACAAUAUAAUAAGAAAUCAAAGUAGCCUAUAUCACUUAGCGAUUCUUUCCUUCUUAUACUUAAACAGCAUAUUCGAAUACCUGAAAUUCAGUUAUAGCUUUUAGUUUUGGUGUACUACCCCAAGAUUUUCAGUGGCCCCAUUUGGCCAUCCCUCUGGAAAAGUUCUGGGGGCACCACUGUACAGGAGCGCCCUGAAGUGAAUGAAAAUCAAAGACAACUUUGAGGAAAGGAAAGACCUAUUUAAAAACCCUCAUGCAGUACACUAUCCGCCACAUGCUCAUUUCCAUGCCAGCCAUCUGAGGUGCACCACAGGAAGUUGUUCUGAUCCACCAGAAAGUGUCCUUUCUAUGUAUUCCACUAUCGUGAUUCUAACACCAUGGGGAUCUACUGUACAUGACUCAUCAAUAUAGAUAUAUCCUGUAUAGAUACUGUAUGUAUGUAUGUUUGUAUAGGAGUUAUUAUUGUAUGCUGUUGGUUUGACCAAAACCUGGGUGUAACACCGCAUGAUAUCGAUGUUAUAAAAUGAAGACACACAGAAGAUUCACAGACUGGUGAUAAUGAUGGUGGUUUUUCUUGUCAAUAAAUCACAUUUACAA